AUGGAACUGCUUGUCUACAACCUGCUCAGUCUGGUCAUCGCUGCUGUUGACAUAGCAUUUCUUAUUCGGCUUAAAGAUAUACUGGUUUAUGAUGGUGCCACUGAUGAGGUUAAUGUCAGCAGUAAAUCUCAAGUUGGAAAUGGGUCUUCCACCGAUGGUGAUAGGGGUGUGGUGGUCAUGAAGAGUCUCCUGCAUUAUCUUUUCAAAGAAACAGUUGAACAGGACGUAAAGACAACCAACAAGAUUCCGAUAGUCAUUUAUUCGAAUGAAUGUUCGACAAUGUCAGGUUUUGUUAGGAAACAGAGGGGUGUCAAAACAGUUCUUACAGAGGCAACUGACAAACCUCAAUUAUCUGGAUUGACUAUAUGUCCAACAGUUACUUCCCUUGAAGGUGAAGACUUACGCAGCGGAUACAUGCAGGUUGAAAUAGCAGAGGAAGACAAAGAAAAGAAAGCCUUUGCAGUAGGAGGAUUUGGCUUCUACCUAUAUUGUGAAGCCGCGGAACGACCUUCUUGUUGGUCUUCCCACCAACAAAGCUUCCAAGAGGUCCAAGAUGAAGAAACUCCAUGGAUAUGGGGAGACGACCAGCAGAAGGCCUUUGAAACUAUUAAACAUAUUCUUACCAAUCCUCCUGUGCUUGGAUAUGCUAUAUUUUCUAAACCGUUCAUCGUUUCUGUCGAUGCGUCUACAGAGUGUCUUGGCGCCGUACUAUAUCAGGAACAGGACGGUUUGGAGCGUGUCAUCAGCUAUGCCAGCAGAGGUAUUCGUGCCAGCGAGAGGAACUACCCUGCACAAAGUUCCACAUUCAUUGUGGGAACCGACAACAACCCGCUAACCUAUGUAUCUUCAACAGCCAAGUUAGAUGCGACAGGACAUAUAUGGCUAGCUGCACUGGGCAACUACAACUUAAAGGCCGUGUACAAGGCAAGCGUGCUGAACCGUGAUGAAGAUGGAUUUAGCAGACGACCACAGCUCAAGAAGAAGAGGUGA